AUAAAGCAACCAUCGCCUACAAUUUUGUCCCUGUGAUUCAUUCUUCUCUUCUCUCAACCUCAAGUAACUUUCACUCCAAGAACAUCCAUCACUCGAUUACAACAUCAACAACAACAGAUUUCCCUUGCCCAACAUCAAGAUGUCUGCUACUACCGUUCACGUCAAGAACAUCUCGGCUCAGACCGAUGACAAGGAGAUUCGUGAUUUCUUCAGCUUCUGCGGCAAGAUUACCAGCCUUGACGUUCAGACUGAGGGAGAGACCAAGUCGGCCAGCGUAACCUUUGAGAAGGACACCGCUGCCAAGACUGCCCUCCUCCUCAACAGCACCCAGCUUGGUACCUCGCACAUCUCCGUCACCUCAGCGUCGGGCAUCUCCCCGGAUGACGAGAGCCCCGCCACUACGAACAAGGAGCGCGACUCCGACGAGAUCACACAAGAGGAGAAGCCACGCUCUCGCAUCAUCGCCGAGUACCUCGCGCACGGCUACGUGGUUGGCGACGCCGCCAUCCAGCGCGCCAUCGCUCUUGACCACCAGCACGGCGUGUCGACCCGCUUUAUGAGCAAGCUGACCGAGCUGGACACCAAGUACCAUGCCACCGACCGGGCCAAGACUGCCGACCAGAGCUACGGUAUCACUGCUCGCGCCAAUACCAUCAUGACAGGGCUGGGAUCGUACUUUGAGAAGGCGACUAACACUCCCACCGGCAAGAAGCUGGUAGAUUUCUACAACCAGGGCCAGAAGCAGCUCCAAGAUGUUCACAAUGAGGCCCGCCGCCUUGCAGAGCUCAAGAAGGAAGAACAUGGCGGCUCCGCCUAUAAGGCCUCCGGUCUCGAGCGCGUCUUCGGCGCUGAGAAGUCCACAAGCGAGGCGCCAUCCUCGGGCCCUGGCGCCCCUGCCGCACCGGGCGCCAGCACCACCACCGAGACUUCGCAGCCCGUGAAGCCUGCCGAGGGUGGCGUCAGCCUCCAGGAGUCCACUCCCAUCCAGACCGAGAAGUCUGGCUAGAGGAGGGUCUACCGCUGGAGGACAACACCAUUACACAAGGCUCAAUGAUUGGGUGGUUAGUUUGGAGGAGCCCUUACAUGAAGGAACGCAUGGGCAUGCUGUUAUGACUGUGUCUUGAUUUGGACAUUUCCAUCGUGCGAGCGUUGAAAAACAAUGAAUACCCCGCGACCCUAUCGUCUUUACUUGUCGGUGAUCUUGAAAGUGUGUCCCAUUCUUGAUUUAUGAGUAGCUUAGUGCGAAACAAAUUGAAGUGUAACGCGUGAAUGCUUUCGCAGUGAUAAUCU